AUGUCACUACUGACUCCUUUGGUCGAGAUCUUCCGCUAUACCCUGCAGCCCGUCGCACCAUUCACUUGGUUCGGCCUGCCUGUCAGCGCUCUCGAUGUCGUGGCCACCGUCAGACUUUGCAUCGUUCUGCGUCAAAUUCGGGAGAUCAUGCUCAAGCAGCAUGUCUCUACCAAAGGUGCUGGCCCUGUCGAGGAGAAGUCCUUCGUGAAGAGUGUAAGCACAACUUGGUUGGUCGUGUAUGGAGGAGAAGCAAUUGCAGCACCACUUCUAGGCGUUCCACCCUCGUUCAUAAUUUCGGGGGUUUAUCCUAGCCUUUAUGCGGCCAUUCAAGCCCUCGUUGAAUACCUCCCUGCCGUACCACCUCCCUCUGCGGAGACAGAGCUGCCAUUGGCAGUCGUCGACGCGUUUACGCGUGCCUUCCUGCUCUGCAACCUCAUCCCACCAGCAGUAACCGCGAACGCUUCACCUCUCAUCGCUUCCUCUCCUUGGACACUACUCGUUACCUCCCUAAUCAUCGCCAAUGGAGGCUUUUUCGUGACGAACCUCUUCAACUUCCUUGGUCCUGCUUCUUUGUCUGUGCAGACACCACCUGAGCUGCAGGCCUAUGGAUGGACGACCGCGGACCUGUGGGCGGCACCAACAAUCACGGCACUAUAUGCCCUUCUUACGCACGCACAACCUUUCUGGGCCGAGUUGCAUACGGUGCUUGAACAGAUACUUGGUGGUGCCUCGUCUGUAGACCCCAUUAAGCCUCUCGACCCGGAGACUGCUAGGGCUGUAUGCACCUUGCUGUUAUCAGGUCUGUUCGUUGGGAGGACGGUGAAGAACUUUGGCCUUUGGAAGAACUUCAAGUCGCCACUGGCCAAGCCUGAGCCCAAAUCCAAGACUCAAUAG